GGUAGCAACCGGGGUACGCCAGCACGAAAUCCUGUGCCUGUCGCCAGACGGUCCGUCCUAGUAGUCGUUUCCUCGCCUUGCCACGUGACAGCACGUACAACUUGUGUAGUGAGAGGUUACGAUAAGUGAGUGUUGGGGGCGCACAGAGUUGCCGUCCAUUGCGCCAGUCGCCGGCGACAGGAUUCCCGCUGGUGCUCGAAGCAUUUGGCUUUGGUUUGUAGCAGGGGUAGCAGCACAAAGCAACGGCAGUAGCCAUGUUGUUCUGCUAACUUGAUGAGCGGUCUCUGCGCAAACGAGUGGGUCGGAACACUCCGGGGCAGUCAUAGGUUGCAACAAACGAGGUGCGUUAGCCCGAUCCAGCUGCAUUGCUUAGCCUUGCUUCAAUAACAGACUUCGCAGUGCGGGUCACGAGCAAACACCUGGUCGAGCUUUACGUAACAGAAGUAGAAAUAACAUACGUUGGAGCGCGGCCAGUCGCGCAGAUAUCAUCUCGGUGCUUUUUGUUUGUUCAGCAAGAUUGUGUAUGUGUGUGUGCGCGGUUACGCGUAUCACUGUUCGUGAAGACUAAGGGAUAUAACUCGUUAGAUUCAGUCACAGAAAUCUUCAAUAACAGACAGCGCUUCGACUACAAUACAACAGCUGAGAUUAGCAGUACGCAGGCUUGAAGCGACGCGUGCUCACUAGCAACAAUAAACACGGAGGAGAAAACGGCCGUUUAGAACAACAAACACCGACGCAUCUAGGGUCGCGUCCUUCGUCCGUAAACGCCAACUCGAAUUGUUACUGUUGUCCUCGACGAAGCAGCAGCAGCAGCAGAAGAGAUACGACGUUGGAAUGAGACUUGAUAUCUGAAAAAUUUUUUGUCUUCGAGAAAUGAAGAUCUCUUUCGACGGAUCAGACGGGUGCACGAUGCAAAUCCUUGAGUAGCAGAUCUACAUGCACUGAAUAACAGCUGAACAAAAUACUGCAAUAUCGCUGAGAUCCAUUAUCGCCAACGAGUUUUUCUAGACUUUCACUCUCGGAAUGUCGGACGAAAUCAUCGAGCUGAAUGUUGGCGGGACCUCAUACACAACAAAGAGGUCCACCUUGAUGAAGAAAGAACAGGGAUCCUGUGUUCUCAGAGAUCUUUUCACUGACGGAGCCAAAGACUCCCAGGGUCGCCUGUUCGUGGACCGUGAUGGUGCAUUGUUUCGCUAUGUGCUCGACUACCUUCGCAACGGUAAAGUGACUUUACCUGAGGGCUUCACAGAGCGUGAACGACUUCGCCAAGAGGCCGAAUUCUUCCGGCUGGCCGAACUUUCGGCUGCCCUCAACAUUUCCGGAAAUGCUACCUCACUCGUACCCUUCCCCGGCCAGCCGGGCUACGUCACGGUCAGCUACAGGGGGACAUUUGCUUUCGGCCGCGACGGUUUGGCGGAUGUAAAGUUCCGCAAGCUAACCCGCAUCCUCGUUUGUGGAAAGGUGACCAUCUGUAGGGAGGUAUUCGGGGACACCCUGAACGAAUCGCGUGACCCAGAUCGAGGCCAAGAUGAUCGUUACACCUCACGGUUCUUUCUUAAACACAAUUCCCUUGAGCAGGCCUUCGACAUGCUGCAAGAAGCACGCUUUCAGUGCGUGUGCGCUUGCGGCUCGGGUACUUCAUGCGGCGGCAAUGGCGGCGAACCUUUAAAACCCGGCCUCGAUUCAGAAGAGCAACGAUGGAAUCAUUACAAUGAGUUUGUCUUUGUUAGAAAUUAGAGUGACGAUUUAACUCAUCGGAAAAUGAAAAGCAUGUUACUGAAAUUCGGCUUACCGAACACCAAUAGAACAAACAGUCUAGCGGCUAUAUAUUAUAGCAUCAAUAAUAUGCAUCCAGGUUAACAACAGCUAGUAAAUAAACAGGAAAAAUACUAAAAGCUCAACAAUUCUAGAUUCUGUUAGGUUCGGAUACGUGAUUACUGACAACAAGAUAAUGACACGAAAUAAUAAACUAAUUAUAUAUUUGAGGACAAUUCAAAUUACAGCGGAUAAGCUAAAAUACAUAUACAUACAAUAAUAAAUAGAGAGCAAGACUGUGCGUAAUGAUUAAGCGACAGUGAGAAAGUAAAAAGUAACCUUGUGAAAAAGUCCACUAAUUGAUAAUAAAAAUAAUUAGUAGUACAUAGUAAACAUAAUAGUAGCAACAACAACGUAAAAUACAAGUGAAUUCAGUCUUAUUCGGAUUUAGUCGCCAGUCGAAAGGGAGACAUGGCGAGAAGGAUAGACCUUGCUUUCGGGAGGACCACGCAAGAUAUUCUAGUAUCCGCCGUCCAACUCUAGCAAGGACCUUACCGCUUCCUAGACAAGUGAGACCUCCACCUCCCCGCCAAAACUCCUUACCAACUAAGCCCUAAUGAUGACAGAAAAGCAUUAUCCCAAUACAUGUAUGCUAUAUAUUGACAUAAAACAGUCAACAGAAACAAAAGCUACUUAUCGUCGUAGUAUUUCGUUAUCCUAACAUAUGAAUUAGCAAAACAAAAAACAAUUUGUAAUCGUUGUUAGUGAUGUCAAUUACUUUGAUGCUAGUUAACUUACAGUUAGGACCUGCAUCAACUUAUUGCCUCUUUUGAAAACGUAAUUAUGAUAGUAGAAGACCUGAGAAACGAAAGCGGAUUAGCCGAAAAAUAAGGAUAGAAAACACAUCCGAAUAACGUGGUGCUCUCUGUUCCUUAUCGGGUAAUGACACAUAGACGACGAUUUAAAGGUAUGGGACCUCGAAUUAAACGGCCGAAUUUCCCACUUGUCCCUCCACGAGCCACCUCACCAUGGUAUCAAUAUAUAUAUAUAUAUAUCCUUCAGGUAAAAGUUCUGCCCGACAGAGCAGAUGGCCACGUGGUAAUGGACGGUGGGCAUUAAUGGAUACCUGAGGCGUUAGCAGCAACGUGUAGGCAAAAUGCAAACUCAUUUCGUUUCCUGUUAUAAUGCUCCACGGCUGCUAGUCACUACUAGGCUGUCGAAGCAUUAUUGGUAACUUAUUUACUGGUCGUUCAGUUUACGUGGCGGUACAUCAGAAAUGUGAAGUCUGCUGAGUUUCGAAUCUAACGUAUUUCUUACGAGUGAGUUCGGCGUACGAAAAAGCAAGUAAGGUAAUACAGAGAAACGCGUUGAAUUUUCAAUUCCAUUACUGCAACUUGUCUCCCAUCCUGGAACGCUUCUUGUUUAUCUAACGAAAAUUCUUGAUACUUGUAGGAUAGUGAUGAUUAUUUCUCCUGCUGAUGUAUGUCGAGCAGUUUUUGGUUAAGUUCCAAAAGAACAGAUCUGACAUUCGUGUUUUUGGCACUUUUAGACGUGGGGAUAGAAGGACUAUUAAUAAUAGUCAGGUAAUGCAGGAGAGCAUCCGAUGAAGGUAGCGGAGAAGUAGAUUGAAAACAACUUGAAGUUGUCAUCUAUAUAAUACUUAGGGAUAGUAGUAAUAUUAUUGCAACCACAUUUCGUAGCCUGGCAAUUAAAUUGAGUAAUGAUUUUAAGUACACUAUUAAGAAUACACUAUAAAAAGGGCGAUUAUAUGUAAAGUACUAUUGCGAUAACGUGAUACGACGGUCUGAUGUUGCGCAAAAAUCGAUCAGUAACUAAGUUUCUAUUAAAUUAUGACAAAGGGCGCCUGGAAAAUUGUAAUGAGAGCCUGAAGAAAGCGUCAGUUGAAGAGCAGAUACCCUCAGGAAUGGGGAGAUCGUGUUUGGCGCGCAACUUCAGACGCACAUAGAAUGGUUUGAGCUUUCGGUCCACAGAAUGCUUUGGUCAUCCUAAUCUCUUUUUGAUCUUAUUCUAUUUCACUAUUAUGCUGUAGGCAACUUGAACGAAACGUUAUUACAGAUAAGACAAUAACUAUAUACGCAUACGCAAAAAUAUAAUUAUAUAAGUAUAUAUACAGAGUUAGUUGCUGUAGAAAAGAUUAACGGAACUAAGUUGUCGGUGCGUGAUGGCCUCUACCAUGUACUAGAAUAAGGAUAUCCAUAUAUAUGUAUAUGUACAUAUAUAUAUAUAUACAUACACAAAACAACAAUAAAAUGUUUGAACAGGAGAAAGAAAGAAAAGGUGCGAGGAGAUUUUCCUUGAAUUAUGCCCUAACCUAUCAUUAGGACGAAAACUGGGACCUCCAGUUAGGAUGUACCGAUAGACGACUCUGUGGUUCGCGCUUGUUGCCCGUCUUGCUGUAGGUUUGAUGACAAUAAAUGUAAAAUUGUUCCUCUCACACACACGUAAUUGUGUGAAAUUGAAGUUUAGUAGUCGCGUCAGAAAGCGACCUUCAAUCAGAUAUCGGUUUUCGCACUUUGUUUAUUAAAAAAAAAGGAGCGACACAACGCUCGCUCAAGCUGCGGCAGAACAUAACGUGGGCUUUUGGGGCGUCUCUAUUUGUAACGGGCCCUGUUACCCGUUAUACCUGAUCUACCUUUGAAAUUAGGACAGUUUAUCCUCCCAGAGAUGUACUAGUGAACAUGACAAAAACAAAUGAUUAGUUAGUAUGACGCUAGCUGAAAAAUAGAUGUGGGCAAGAUAGCCGGAUAGUUUAAAAAAACCGAAAAGUAUCGUACCGCUUAUCAUAACUACGGAGAGGAAACGGUCGAUGAGUUUGGCUGCGAACCAGCGUUCGCAAGUUGAGGUUACAUUUCUGUGGUCGUGGAGACGGGCGGUCUAGGGAACUUAUUGUCAACGGAAAUGUUUAGUAAUACGGUUAUUGCACCGAAAGCAAGUGUAAGAGAAUAAAAGAGCAAGUAAGGCUAUCCGCAGACACUCUAACUGUAAAUGAAUAAACAUAAAAUGGUAACUAUACGUAAGAGUUCUAGAUCCAAACAGGGUGUGAUCAAUAUAGUUCUAUUGAAAAGAAGAUCGAAAACGAGAGCAGAACCAUGCCAAAUGCAGGGUGAAAAAACAAAAAAAAAAAACAUACUGAGAAGGUAAAAAGGUAGAAUGAGAGGAAUCCGAAAAGAAAAAAAAGCUAAUUUAGAUUUCCGCAGUAGAAAAAAAAGUAUAAGGAUGCAGAACGUUCUAAGGAAUGGCAGUAUGAGAAUUAGUUGUUGAAAAGUUGAUCAUAAUAAUAAUAAUAACGUUAAACCCUAGGACACAUACAUGAGACACAUACUAAUACACAUAUAUACAUACACAGAGAAAAGUACGUGCAGGAAAAUAAGAUGAAGAGAACUAAGCCGCGCACACGGUAUGCCAAACACAAAAAGAGACGUAGGCGGUUUGUUUAUUUCAGCGCUAUUAGAAAUAAGCCGCUACAACAAGACAUGGUCAUCGUAUUAGUCCUGAUGGUAUCGGGUAGCCGAAAACGUCCGCCAAAACGACGAGUAAGCAGGAACAACGACGCUGAGAAUGGACGAAAAGAAAAAAAAAAAAA